AUGCCCAACGACGAGCGCUUCUACGACGCGCUCGAGCGCGAGGGCGUCGAGCCCCUCUACGGGCGCUACCUCCGCGAGGGCCCGCGGCGCGGCGACGGCGCGUACGCGAACUCGCCCGAGCUCCGCGCCGUCGGCUGGCUCCACGAGACGUUCCCGUCCCACCAGCGCCACAUGGCCCUCGAGCGCGUCAUCAACAUCAAGCACACCAUGGUCGAGACGGACACCUUCGCGCCGAAGCUCAAGACCGCGGCGCCGCUCAUGCUGCGGAAUUUAGAGCUCGCCAUGCGCAAGCGCAAGCCCGAGGAGAACCAGGGCAUCUCGGCCUUCGCGCGGGGCGCGCGCGGCGGCGAGGGCCUCGUGCGCAGGGACGAGACCGUCGCCGACGACCGCGGCUUCGGCAUGCGCGAGAUGAUGGCGGACGUCGCGGAGUUCAAGGCGGCGCGGCUGCGCAAGAACCGCGAGUACGAGGGGCUCGUCAAGGAGAAGGAGAUCCGGGGCAUGGACAAGGUCAAGUGGGCGCCGAACGCGCAGAACCGCGCGCUCGACGACCUGCUGGAGAGCUUCGACAAGGCCGCGCCCGACGUGCCAAAAACGCCCGACAUCGGCGAUUUGACGGCGCCGUCCGCGCGCGCGGGCAACCUCCGGCCGCCGAGCCGCGGCGCGUCGACGCCGGGCUCGGGCUCGAGCCGGCCGCCGACGGGCGGCUCGAGCCGGCCGAACUCGCGCGGCGACAACGCGCGCAUCCGCGAGCUCCGCAAGGCGUCCCGCGCCGCCAACUUCGCCGCCACGCUCCGCGCGGGCGUCGACAGCCAGGGCGCGUUCCGGUGUCGCGCGGGCUGCGGCGCGCGACGGAGGCUCGAGGACUACGACGACUACUCGACGGACGACAACACGCCGACGGACGACUACCCCACGGACGACUACACGCCGACGGACGACUACCCCACGGACGACAACACGCCGACGGACGACUACCCCACGGACGACUACACGCCGACGGACGACUACCCCACGGACGACAACACGCCGACGGACGACUACUCCACGGACGACCACUCCACGGACGACAACACGCCGACGGACGACCACUCCACGGACGACAACACGCCGACGGACGACUACCCCACGCUGCCCUGGAGCCGCAUCGCCUGCAUGGGCGACUCCAUCACGCGCGGCGACACGACCCACACCGACGAGCCCGAGGAGGGCAAGCUCGACCGGGGCAACUACCCGAAAACGUUGGGCGCCCUCCUCGGCGUCGACGUCGAGAACUUCGGCGCGUCCGGAGCGUCCGUGUCGGGCAAGCGGGGCUACGUCGGCACGGACGAGUACGAGGACGCCGUCGACUUCGACCCGGACUGCGUCGUCGUCAUGCUCGGCAUCAACGACGCGAAGCUCGAGUGGGACGAGGACGACUUCGUGGAGGCCUACGCCGACUUGGUGGAGGCGACGAUCGCCGACGCGCCGAGCGUCGAGGCGGUCUUCGUCGCGGCGCCCUACCUCGCCGUCGGCACGUGCUGCGACAUCGACAUGGACCUCGUCAACGGCGAGAUCCCCGACGCCGUCGCGGCCUUCGUGGAGGCGCGCGGCGACGGCUUCGCCGUGCCCGUGCGCUUCGUCGACGCGCGGGCCGCGUGGCUGCAGGCGACGGGCUGCGACGCGUCCGACGUCGACGACGCCUGCGAGGCCUACUACGACGACGACGGCAUGCACACGUCCGACCGCGGCAGCGACGUCCUCGCGGCCAUCGUCCGGGACGCGCUCGAGGGCUUCGCGGGCGCGCCGACCUACGCGGAGUUCGACGACUACACGGACCAGCCGACGCCGGAGUACUACGCGGAGUUCGACGACUACACGGACCAGCCCACGGCCGCGCCGACGAACUUCAGCUACCUCUACAAGAACAUCACCUUCUCGUACAGCUACGAGUCGACGCCGUACAGCUUCGCGGACAAGAGCGAGCUCGAGACCGCGGUCGACGCGUGGCUCGCGGACUCGGACGCGGCCGAAGAGACCUGCUCGGUGACCAACUGCGGCAUCACCUUCUCGUCGACCGUCACCUGCGUUAACACCUACGCAAAGCUCCAAGCCGCGAUGCUGAUCGACGAGGUCGUGAUAGACAUCCGCGCCGACAUCACCGUGGAGGAUUCUGCCGCGGGAGCAUCCGGGCUCUACGUCCCGUCUGGACACAGCGUGUCCCUGACCAGCUCGGGUCCCGCCAACUCUGGUGGAUCUAUCUACGGCGGAAACGGCGAGAUCACGGAUACCGUCUUCCGCAAUCUCAACUGGGGCUACGGCGGCGCGGUCUUCGCAGCCGGCGGCUGGAGCGCGACGCGGUGCGCGUUCACGGACAACAUCGGCGACUACCAGGGCGGGGCCGUCUUCGUCGGCGGCGGCAGCACCUACUUGGACUCCUGCACGUUCGCGGGCAACGCGGCGCCGUACAACGGCUACGGCGACAACGUCGGGAUGGGCGGCUCCGCCGAGGUCUACGCACUGUCCGUCACGACCGACGAGCAGGACUGGUACCUGCGCGGCGACGCCUACGGCACGCUCGCGCUCUGCGACACGCCGGGCGUCGUGGUGACGGGCUCGAAGGCGAGCUUGGCGACGGAGGACUGCUCGUGGGCCCCCGCGGCGUUCUGGCCCGCGCCGUCGGCCGCGCCGACGACGUCCGGCUACAGCUACCUCUACGACUACGCGCCGACGUCCUGCCGCGACGUCUUCACGACGGCCGUGUGCGCGGGCUUCGUCGCGAUCACCGCGGACGCGUGCGAGACCGUCUUCUGCCUCGACGGCUGCGGGCACGCCGGAAUGUGCGACCUGACGUGCGGGAGUUGCUGGGAGAGCGCGACGCCGGUCGUCGCGCCGACGAGCGGCCCGACGAGGACGCUCGACUCGCCGAGCUCCUCGCCGAGCUCCGCGCCGACCGCGGUCCCGAGCGCGCCGACGGCCCAGCCCAGCUUCGGGCGCAGCUCGUACGUCCAGGUCGUGCUGGCGGCGCACGCGACGGACAGCAAGGUCGCCCAGGUCUACGUCGAGCUUUCGUCCGACGUCGGCGAGUUCACGUCCGUCCUCGUGACCGCGACGGCGAACGUCGAGCUCGUCGAGGCGCGGCUCGCCGGCGACGACGAGGGCAUGUUCUUCCGGACCGAGGACGACGUCGGCUGGUUCGGGCAGGCGCGCGCGUCGGGCCACUGGGCGGACCUCGUCUUCGGCGACGGCUUCGACUUCGCGACGCUCGACGUGUCGUCCGUGUCCAUCUCGGACUCGCGGCGCCGGAGCGUGGGUGAGGACGCGAUCGUCGUCUACGAACGAGCGGGAGGCUCCGACGAGGCCCUCGUCGUGGCGCGGCUCCUGGCCGGGUCCGAAGACCAGCUGGAGAUCUCCGUCAUCUCCGCCGCGACGCUCUGCGCGGUCGGCUUCGGCUGGCAGGCCAACGCCAACGCGACGUCGUACGAAAAGAGCUUCUCCGGCAGCGUCGUCGCGAACCUCGCGGGCGAGCGCGUGGCCAUGUACACGACGGACUGCCUCGAGGGCGGACGCGCGCACGAGCUCGCGACGCUCCGCUUCGACGACGAGUUCUUCAUCGAGCGCUUCGGAUUCCUCGAGCUGGUCGCGACGAACGCCGCGGGCGUCUCGCUGCCGAACGUGUCGUCCCUGGUCUACCUCAGCUCCGAGGCGGCGACGCAGACCCCGACGCUCGCGCCGACGCUGUCGCCGGCGCCGACGCGCGUCCCGACGACCGCGCCGACUGACUUCGAGACCUUCUGCGGAUCCGUCCCGGGCGACGUCGACGGCCUCGACGGCGUCGACCUCCUGCUCGAACCCGCGCCCGAGGGCGGCGUCGCCAUACACGUCGACGCCGAGUCCUACGCCGCCCUGUCCAUCAAAUUCUCCGCGACUCUCCAGAACUACACGUCCGCGCUCUCCCACGGCGAGUUCGUCCAGGGCGCGUCGGGCAUCUCGUGGUUCUCGACGGAGUCCCAGCCCUCGGGGACCUUCGCCGUCGCCUACUUCCCGGAGGGCUGGGCCGAGGUCGUCGAGGUCGUCGUCGGCGACGCGGACGGCGUCGCGUACGACGUCGCGAUCGUCGUCGCGCCGACGCCGACGCCCCAGCCGACCUCCCGGCCGACGCCCCGGCCGACGCCCAAGCCGUCCACUGCGCCGACGCCCAUUCCUGGAGAUCCGAGCGCUGCACCCGUGUUCGCGCCGACGCCCCAGCCGACGCCCCAGCCGACGCCCCAGCCGACGCCCCGGCCGACGCCCCAACCGACGCGGAAGCCGACGUGGAAGCCAUCGCCCCAACCGACGCCCCAGCCGACGCCCGCGCCGUCAGUCUCGACGGUCGCUAUCGACUUCUGCGAAGACAGCACGUCUUGGUACUUCAAGAAAACGAAAAACACGUGCUCGGAAUACGUCUCGAAGAAGGCGAAGAACUGCAAGAAGCGGGACGAGUUCGAUGUCAAGGGCCAGGUCGCGUGCCCAGCGACGUGCGGCGAGUGCGAGGUCGAGGUCGACGACGCCGUGUGCGCCGACUCGACGAGCUGGUACUGGAAGAAGAGUAAGUACGACUGCGACUACGUCGCGAAGAAGUCGAAGCUGUGCAAGAGCAAGUACGCGGACGAGAGCGACGUGUCGAGCAAGGAGCAGCGCAAGGAGGCCUGUCCCGUCGCGUGCGGCGAGUGCGAGGAGGAGUGCGCCGACUCAUCAUCUUGGUACUUCAAAAAGACGAAGAAUACAUGCGAGAAGUUUGUGGCCAAAAAGGCGAAGAACUGCAAGAAAACGGAUAGCUUCGACGUCAAAGCUGAGGACGCGUGCGCGCUGACCUGCGGCACGUGCUAG